GUGGCAGUAGUAUAAUACUUGUGUGUUACUAUGGUCAGCCUGUCUGUCCGACAGAUGACCUGUUAGACAGAGUUUGUCUCAGGUUAAUCCAGAUAAAGAAAGUGGAGGAAAAAUACAUUAAAAAUGGCCCUGUGGUAUCAGAUAAGAGGGAAAAUAGCACAGAGAAAUUGUCACCGCGGACCAGAGAUUGGAGUAGGUUGAGCUUGAAGGGGAAACACAACAAAACUUGGUCUCAAUACAGAAGUGAGAAGGAAAAAUCUAGACUCAGUGGAUUGAAAAGGGACCGCGUCAAGCCUAUUAACAUGGGACAGGAAGUCUUUGGCAGUGACCAUGUAACGGUGUCAUCAGACAGAGCGCCAAACAUUGUCCAGCAAGAUCAGGUGUCCGGAAACUCAAGUCCAGGUGAACAUUCUGACAGCCAAAACAUGCCCUGGAAGAGAGCUAAGGUUGAUCAGAGCCCUGAAUGUGUUGAAGUUUCAACUUCAUCAAGUAGUUCGUGCUGCAGGAGAGGGUUAGAUUUCAACAGUAAUAUCUCACCUGCCAAACACACUUCACCCCAGUGUAUAACAAGCUCUGGGCUUUCUUCCCCUUGGAAACAGAAAAAGUUCAUGUUUGUUAAAAUAGACAAACCAUUGGACAAUGAUGAUGAACUUUCUGAUUCUUUGCCAGACUUGGAAGAAAUUACAGAAAACCCAGAAAAUGAUAACUUCUCAAGUCCGCCUGUCUUGGAGCGAUACAAUGCUGUUGUCUCAGAGGUAGAGCCAUACCAUGAAACUGCGACAGAAACCCUGGGCCUGGUAAACAGGACCUGUAUAAGCUCUCCUGACACUGAAAAGACACCUGUCAGAUCUGGCAGCUCAUUGGAUAGAAGUGAUUCCAAAAAAGCUCCCCCAAAAUAUGCGUUUAAUUUGUCUGCUAAGUUGUCCAGUGUACAGGUACGUGAACUUCUUUCAAAGAUGCCAAGUCAAGUGACAAACAAAACCCUUGCAUCUAGUGGUAAAGAACAAUGUGUGAAUAGAGCUCAGAAAGAAGAAGAAUAUGACUACGAUUCUAAGAGCACAUAUUCCAAUGAUGAGGAUAGACAUUUUUUAGAUGUUCUGGAUUUCUCUCCGUCAAAGAAAAUGAAAAUGGUGUCUGCAUAUGGGAGCACUGUUGCGAAAAGUACUAGUCCCAUUGUUUCUUUCAGUGAAACGGCAAACCAACCUGUGGGUAUAGUGCAGAACAAAAGGCAGCCCCAAACAAAUUUGGACAGAACAGGCUCUAUAACAGCACCUGCUCCUAGAAUAUUCUUUGACUUGACCAAAUUCCGGCAGAAAAAUAGACAGGCAAGCACUGUCCGAAGACAGUAUUGUUUGCAGAAGGGUUCCUUUAAACCGACAUGUUCUUUAACCAAAGCGGACUUAGUGAAAAGAAACAGAAAAAUAUUGUAUCCUGCUUUAGUGACAGAGUUUGCUCUGCCAGAAGAAUUUGUCGGAGUAGUUGACCAUGACAGAAAGUUUUCAGCUGCUCAGGUGAAUGCUAUAGAUGCAGCCAUGGAAGAUGGAGAAUGUUUUAUGAAUCAUGUCAUGGAUCUUGCUCAGGCAUUCUCUUUGAACAACAUGCCUCCUCAGUCUGUGGUUGGACAUGUGUACCAUGAAGGUUUGCUCAACAGUACCUCUAUGAACCAGAGCUAUAAAGCUUUCAACACACUCUCCUUUAUUCAAAGAAAGUUCCCGAGUGCUAUCAGAGUUGACUGGACUUGGAUAGAUAACGUCAUGGACAAAUUGGGGCAUGGCCAUGCUUCUCUAAGUACUGACCAGUGUUGCAUUGUGAACUGUUGCCUUGCACUUCGGCUCAUACUUCAAGUUUUCCGUGGGGAACUGUGCACAAUAGACUUGUCCGACCCAGUCCUUAUUCGAAAGACUCAAGCUUACAAAGUGCUUUCGGGUGAUCACGAAUUGGGUCGUCUCAAACAACUUACAGACUGGGUGGCAAGAGUGCUAACUAGUGGGGAGUAUGAGGAACUGUGUGAAGCCUACAUCAAUCUUCAGUUAGAAGGAGAUAACUGUCCAGCUCCUAACUGGCACUGGCCAGACUGUGUCUCCACCGAGGCUGUCACCAUAACUAUGGGAGAGAUCAAACCAGUGCUACCCUAUCUACAACAGUUGCUGGAGAUUGGCGUUCUCAUCAGCAGCAGUAACAUAGACUGUGCUCGGCGGCUGGCCGACAGCUUUGUCCAGGUAUUCUAUUAUUUGCCUAACCUGGAGCACAAAAAGCUUUUCCUGCAGACAAUGUCCUCUGACCUACUCAGGUUCAAGGUGUGCCAGCUGUUCAUGGAGGCUCACUGCGAUGUGAGUCCGUGCUGUACGGAUUUCCCACCCACACUGCAGGAUAUGAUAGAGUGUCUGUUUCGUGCAUCACCACCCCAGAGUCAGCACACCCCACCCACAACCCCAUCAGAGGAGGAUGACUUUGAGAGCAACGUAUCAGCGCACACAAAAGUCUCCCCAGAGAGCUGUGAACAGCUGUGUAUGCUCCAGUACUAUGCACUUUGCAGCUAUCUAAAGUGUACUAAAAGUCAGUGCAACAAGGCCCUGAGGCGACGUGGAAGCACACAUGUGGAGAAGAUCCAGUACAAGGUGAACCAAGUGGACAAGCAAACUCUGCAGUAUGACUUACAGGGUGCCGUUGAGUCAUUACGGAUCUCACUGAUAGAGGCAGCAGGGGCGAUAACUCCUCUCACAGAACACUAUUUGGUCAUGAUGAUGUGCCUAACGUAACCAUCACUGAACACCCCCCGUAAAACACAAACAAGCCCUUAGACAGUAUUCAUAGAAUCUGUUACUGGUGAGGUGUUUGUGAAUCUUUACGGAUGUAACUAAUAGAGGCAGCAGGUUUGAUAACUCUAUUAACAGAACACUGUCUGGCCUUGAUUAUGUGCUUACAUGUAAUUUAACCUUAACUGACCCUCCUAAAAUUUUUCAAAUUGGCAUCAGAAUUUCUGUAUUUAAAUAGGCAAUACUGGAGAUGUUUUGGCAAAAAAUCCAUAGAUGAUAAUCAAGUCAAAUUUUCUGGACUUACUGAGAAUAGCUCAAAUAGUCACAUUUUUCUAAAUAUCAGAAUCCUACCUGUAUUGUUUAUAUUGUUAAAAUGAUUUUAAAGUUUGAAAAAGUUUUAAUUGUAGUCACUUGAUAAAUUUUAGGAAAUUUGUUAAUGUUUUUGGAUGAUAACAUGUGGAUAAAUAAGGUUGAUAAUUUCUGAAAGGUACAAAGUAUUUGCCUAUGCUCCCUUCUAAAAUAGAAAAAAUUUUAUGGGAUUUCCACAGACCUAUGUGUCUUAGCCUCUUUAAUUAAGAUUGACAUCUUUUAAUUAUGUAGUUUUGACGCUUCAACAUAAUAGUGCUGAAUGUAUGAUAUAUGAAUGAUUUGUUAUCUCUCAGUAAUUACGGUGUAAAUUUUCCAGUCAGUAAGCAGUUCAAUUAAGUUUCAAAUUAAACUAAAGUCUAAACCUGUUUGGUAUUGCCCUGAGGUGUCCUGUGAUGUUGUCAUCUUUGGGAAUGGACAGAAUGCUUUGUUGUAAGAAAUCUGCAUCUAACUUGACCACAAGUGCUAAUAAUUAACUGUGACUGAGUGACGCUGAACAAAGUGACCCCAAAACAUUUUUACUUGCAGCAGAAAAAGAAAAUGCAAGACAAGCUAAAUUUCAUCAAAAUUUAUAUUUGUCUUUGUACGUCAGCAGUCAUAAUGAGGAUGCGGCCCUGUUAUCACAGCAGUAUCAAACGUCCAAAGAACAAUGUCAAUGUCCUGUUAGCGCGGAAUAUUUGUGAAUAAACUGCCCUUGUUCAUCUCACUGUUUUGCAAUUAAAAGUGGUAAUUGUCUUGACACUGAGAACGGACACUGCUCGAAAAAAAAAAAAAAAUUUUGCAAGUGAUAUAUUAAACUAGUAAACUACUACUUCAAAAUUCAGCAUUUUUUGUCAUAGUGUUUCAGCAUGGAGCUUUCUCAUACUUAAAUGUAUAAAGGUGUAAACAGCUGUUAAAUGUGAUGAGAUGAGCACAUCUGUAUAAUAUGUAAUUUUGGUUACUUGUAAAUUAUGUAUACCUAACUGGUUUUGCCAAAUAGUUCAUGGUUGACUGAAUUCAAAGCAUAAUGGUCCGAUUGCUCUUUUUGUCCGAUCACUUGAAGUAGUGUUUAUAUCAUAUGUUUUCUGGAUAUAUCUGUCUGAAAAGACUUUGACUGCCCAAACCAAACUGCUCAGUUGUGUGUAUUGUAGAACUUGAAAUGGAACAGUGCUUUGUACCAUUUUAUCUGAAGCUUGAAGACUGCUGAACUUCAUUUCUCUCCCGUAAUCCUCUUAGAUAUACGUUCUAAUAUGGGAUGUCUCAGGUAAUGAUCAUGUUCAAUGAAUGUCUAAAUCCUAAGGCAGCUUCAGAUACACGUAAAUCUUGUUUUUGUAUUUGUUUUUUAAAGCGACAUAUUAUUGUCCUGUACAGUUUGUCGGAAAAAUUUCCCCCUGUAAAUUAUGCGUCAUCCUUGACUGUGUCAUUUGUUGCAAAGAAAUACAUAUUUCGUUACACUUGAAUGUUUCUUAUUGAAAAAAAAAACUGCAUUAUGUUCUUUGUUCACGUGAACUACUUAGUCCGCCUGGGUGAGUUGAUGGUUGAUAAUUGAAGCCUUUAAGCUGUGAUCUUGU